AUGACCACUGAAAAGCCUUCCGUUGCAUCGAUGGACCUCGAACGGUCCGAGAUCUGCACCUGUACCGCCUGUGAGAACCCAGAUGUAGCAGAUGAUCUGGUAGCCUGCGACAAAUCUUCAGAGAGGUCGACGACCUCCAGCCGACGAGCAGAUUUGCAACGCAAACGCCUGGCUGAACAGCAAGAGCUAGAGAAGAAGGAACUGGAAUUAGAAAGAAGGCAGCUGGAGAUGCAGAAGAAACAUUCGCAAGAAAUGUACGAGUUAGAGGAGUCACUGGCAGGAGACGAUGGGGACAACCGGAGCGUAAGAAGCCGUGUGAACGAGAUUGAGGCUCGUGAAAAACAGGUUGAAGCGUGGGUUGAACAGAACGUCGCCACCGGAUUAGCUUCCACUGUACAUCCACCCGGAUUUACCCCUCUGCACCACCAGCUACCUAAAAGUAGCGACAUCAAUAUUGCGACAAAAAACGACGGCGAAGGCCACAAUCCGUCGCAUCAGGUACCCGCUAUUACCGUCCCUGUCGGAGAUACCAACAAGUCGUCAGCAGACAUUCCCAUAUUACAGUCCCUUCGAAGCCAGCUGGCAGAGUGCGAGCAACAGCCCGUAUCAGCAGAACGACUGCUGAACCUAGAAGCCCAGUUGCGGAAGUGCAGAAUGCUGAUCUCGCAGCAAGAAGAGGGAGCUUAUGGUGGCGAUUCUAUUAGAAAUUCACAGGAUCGCCAACGAUCCCGCGAAGGAGCUCUACCAAAGAUCGUUACGAAUGUUAGUGACACUGUAGGACUACCGAAGUGUCAGGUUUCUUCUGUGGCACAUAGUCAAACGAGAUUGACUGGGAAACCAAACCCAGAUCUGAGGCAGAGUAGAAUUGAAGUUCUUCAACAAGAUUCUUCAACAGGUAAGAGCAGGUCUGGCCCGCGAAUCCGUUUCGCACCCAAGCAUAUUCCCCUGGGACCACCGUUGGUCGAAUCAACGAUAAACGAGCAGACGCGGCUCAGGCACGCGCACUCAAAUUCCCCGGUAUUCGAUAUGGUGCGGGACACGGAUCUAAAUUUCCAGUUGGACGCCCCUGCUGGUCGAGCCACCUUACCUGAACUUGGAAACUGUCGUUCGAACCUACACGCGAACCCAACAGUGCCAAGACCGCAAUGGCACAAUUCUGCACCUUCCCCUCCUCACCCUCCUCAAGGACAAUACGGCCGCAGCGACAGAUUUCUCCGGGGUUCAGAGCUCCAGCCCAUGCAGAAAAAUAUGCAACGUCCUUCUCCAGAGCAACUGACAGCAAGGCAAGUCUUGCCCCGGGAUUUGCCGGAGUUUUCGGGUGAUCCAGAGGAGUGGCCUAUAUUUUAUAGCAGUUUCCACAAUUCCACGACGGCAUGCGGAUUCAACAAUGUUGAAAAUCUUGCACGUUUGCAACGAUGCCUGAAAGGCAACGCGCUGAAAUCUGUUCGAUACUAUUUGCUAUCGCCCGAAUCAGUACCAAACGUACUGGAGACUCUUCGGACCCUGUAUGGCCGUCCGGAGAUCAUAAUCAACAAGUUGAUCCAAAAUGUACGCGAAACGCCGGCACCUAAGCCAGAGAAGUUGGAUUCACUGAUCGAUUUUGGAAUUUCGAUUCGAAAUCUUGCUCAACAUCUCAUUGCGGCGGGUCAACAAGCACACCUAUCGAACCCAGCACUUCUGCAGGAGCUGGUCGAAAAGCUGCCGGCCAACGUGAAGCUACAAUGGGCACAACAUCUGAUGCUUCAGCCUGAGGCGAGUUUGCGUACCUUCAGCGAUUUCAUGGGGAUGGUGGUUGAAUCAGUAAGUAAAGUGGUAAUCUAUACUUCCGGCCAACACGCUAGAAGCGAAAAGUCUCGCAACAAGGAUAGAAGCUUCGUCAAUGCACACUCCGAGAACAAAACAACUCUGGUCCGGUCUUCUACCAAUCAAGUGAAGGAAAAGUCUGUAGAUGAGAAGCCGUGCCUGUUUUGCGGAAAAGCAGGACACCGUUUGAAGAGCUGUACGAAAUUUCAGCAACUCUCGGUAGAAGAUCGCUGGAAAAAUGUCCAAACGUUGAAAGUUUGCCGUAGCUGCCUCAACCCUCACGGCCGCCGCAUAUGUAGAGUCUCUAGUCGAUGUGGAAUCAACGGCUGUGAUUUCCGCCAUCACCAAUUGCUCCACGGUAAACCUGAAGAAGCGGUCAAACCGACUGUAUCAUCGACAGAAAACCAUGUGCAUCACCACUGCGGACAGUCGAUUCUAUUCCGAAUCGUUCCAGUAACGCUCUAUGGGAAAUCCAAGACUGUCACCGUUUUCGCUUUCUUGGAUGAAGGCUCUUCAUCGACAUUGAUCGAGCAAAGUCUGGCUCGAGAACUGGAAAUAGAAGGACCGACAGUCCCAUUAUGCCUGAGGUGGACCGCUAACAUGACGAGGACGGAAGACGAGCCACAGAUCGUCUCACUCGAAGUGUCGGAAAUGGGUCAGAAUAAGCGGUUCCAGCUAAUGAACGUGCGCACCGUUGACUGCUUGAAUUUGCCGUCACAAACUCUGCGAUUCACCGAACUACAACAAGAUCACCCACACCUGAAGGGCCUGCCUGUUCGAAGCUACGAGGACGUCACACCGAAGCUGUUAGUUGGCCUGCGAAACCUACAACUGGCUGUUCCUCUGAAGAUCAAGGAAGGAAACAGCGGGAUUGUAGCAGCAAGGACUCGCUUAGGAUGGUGCAUAUAUGGAAGCCUGGACAAAUCAGAAAACACGGAUGAAUAUAGUUAUCAUGUGUGCGAGUGUGAAGCUGAGGUCAAACUGGAUCGCUUGAUGCAGGACUAUUUCAACGUCGAAGAUUGUGCGGUCGGCUGCCAGGAAACAUUAGAGUCUAAUGAAGAAGUGAGGGCUAGACGAACCAUGGAGGAAACGACCCGUCGAAUGGGUGAUCGGUUCGAAACUGGUCUGCUGUGGAGAUCCGAUUUUGUAGAACUGCCGGACAGCUACCCCAUGGCCCUGCGGCGAUUGGAGUGCCUCGAGAGGCGAAUGGCCCGGGACCCACUCCUUAAGGAAAAUAUUCACCAACAAAUUAAUGAGUACCAGGAAAAAGGAUAUGCUCAUCGGGCUACCAAGGACGAACUCGCGAAAGCCGAUCCCAGAAGAAUUUGGUAUCUGCCAUUAGGCGCUGUUUGUAACCCAAAAAAACCUGGAAAGGUCCGUUUGAUAUGGGACGCAGCCGCAAAGGUCGAUGGAGUUUGUCUGAACUCUGCUCUAUUUCCUGGACCAGACCUCCUGGUACCACUACCUUCCGUGCAGUUCCGCUUUCGACAAUAUCCGGUGGCAGUGAGCAGUGACAUCAAGGAGAUGUUCCACCAAGUGAGAGUCAUUGAACGAGACCGUCCGUCACAAUGUUUCCUGUUCCGUGAUAGCCCGAAUGACGAGCCCGGUGUAUUCAUGAUGGACGUCCUCACCUUCGGAGCUACCAGCUCCCCGUCAUCCGCUCAAUUCGUAAAGAACCGCAAUGCAGAGGAGUUUUCCAAACAGUAUCCACGGGCGUCAGAGGCGAUUUGCAAAUGCCACUAUGUGGAUGACUACCUCGAUAGCUUUGAGUCGAUCGAAGAGGCAAAAUCUGUAGCAGGGGAAGUCCGGUGGAUUCACUCAAAAGGCGGAAUUGAAUUGCGACAUUGGGUCUCCAAUCAGCCAGCCAUUCUGGAGUACCUAGGAGAACCGCCUAAGCAUGACAUCAAAGAUCUUGGGCUGAAAACCGAUUCAGAACGCGUUUUGGGAAUGCUAUGGCAUACGAAGGAGGAUGUUCUACAGUUUUCCAUGACGUUCCGUGAGGAAAUCGGAACGCUAAUCGACAACGGAGCAAGGCCAACGAAACGCCAAGUGCUAAAGUGCAUCAUGAGCCUAUUCGAUCCCUUGGGGCUGCUGGCCUGUGUCCUGGUGCACGGGAAGAUAAUUAUGCAGGACAUCUGGAGAAGUGCUAUUAAGUGGGAUGAAUACAUCGACGAUCAAAUCUACGAGAAAUGGACGAGGUGGAUUGAGUUGCUGAUGGACGUUGUCGAAGUUCGAGUACCGCGCUGCUACUUUGAUGGAGCAAGUACCGACCUCUACGAUACUUUGGAUGCUCACAUUUUCGUGGAUGCGAGCGAAGCGGCAUACUCUGCUUUGGUAUAUUUUCGCGUCGUCGGAUCGGAGGGAACAACCAAGUGCGCUCUGGUAUCUGCAAAAACAAAGGUCGCGCCGCUCAAAUACGUAUCAAUCCCUCGUUUAGAACUGAUGGCAGCGGUUCUAGGAGUUCGACUUCUCACAUUCGUCCGUGAAAAUCACACCGUCAAGAUCAAUCGUUGCGUCUACUGGUCAGACUCCGAGGUAACUUUGGCAUGGAUUCGGUCGGAACAUCGACGGUAUCGCCCAUUCGUAGCAUGCCGAGUUGGAGAAAUUCUGUCAACGAUCCGUGUUCAAGAGUGGAGAUACGUCCCAAGCAAACUCAACGUCGCUGAUGAUGCCACGAAAUGGGACGGUAAACCGUGCCUAAAAGCAUCUGGCCGCUGGUUCUGUGGUCCACCGUUUUUGCAGCAGUCCGAGGGGCAGUGGCCUAAACAGAAGUACAUCAUAUCAACAGAUGAGGAGCUCAGAGCGUGUUUCUUGCCAGUUUUACAAAACGUAAUCUGUUUCGAACGGUUCUCCAAAUGGAACCGCCUUUUGCGAGCGACGGCCUAUGUUAUCCGAUUCAUAACAAAAUUGAAACGCAAAGUAUUCGACGAAAAUUAUUGUAGCCUGAACCUAAACCAAGAAGAAUUACAGGCUGCGGAAACCCUGAUCUGGAAACUGGUUCAAAUGGAAUCGUAUCGCGAUGAAGUAGCCAUUUUUUCGAAGAAUAACAAGUCAUCGGACAAAAGGCAACUGAAACUCGAGAGGACAAGCCAACUAUGGAACCUAUCACCGAUUAUGGACGACAAGGGUGUUCUUCGAGUUGAUGGCCGCAUUGCCGCGGCGAAAGUCUUGUCGGUCGACGUCAAGUUCCCCGUUAUACUACCGAGGAAACACCGUGUUUCGUAUCUGCUUCUCGACGAUUAUCACCGGAGACUUCUACAUGGAAACUUUGAAACAGUAGUCAACGAAGUGCGUCAACGUUUCCAUGUAUCGCGACUACGAACAACAGCUCGGAGCGUAAUCAGCCGCUGCCAAUGGUGCAGAGUGUACAAAGCUCGUCCGAUUGUUCCAAUGAUGGGACCACUUCCAGCUGCUCGUCUAUCGGCAGGUAUUCGCCCGUUUAGCUACGUUGGCAUCGAUUAUUUUGGGCCAAUCCUGGUCAAAGUAGGGCGCGCAACUUCAAAACGAUGGAUUUGCUUGAUAACGUGUUUAACAAUACGUGCCGUACACGUUGAGAUAGCGUACGACCUGUCGACCAAGUCGUGUAUCGCCUGCAUUCGCCGCUUCGUUUGUCGACGAGGAGCACCUGUGGAAAUACAUUCCGAUAACGGUCGGAAUUUCAUCGGCGCGGAUCGUGUGUUACGAAGCCAAAUCAAAGACAUCGAGCAGAAAGCAGCGUCAACUUUUACAAAUACGGAGACGAAGUGGUUGUUCAUUCCGCCUUCUGCUCCCCAUAUGGGAGGAUCGUGGGAGCGUUUGGUACGCUCCAUAAAGAACGCUAUGACCAGCCUUCCCCAAGACGACAAGCUGGACGAUGAAGGUUUGCAGACGCUGAUCGUUGAAGCAGAAGCGAUCGUGAACUCGCGUCCGCUAACAUACUUACCGUUGGACUCAGUGGAACAAGAGGCGUUAACGCCAAAUCAUUUCAUCCUUGGCAGUUCAACAGGAGUGAAACAGCCUAUGGUGGAGAUGGAAGCUUCAGCGAGAGCCGUUCGAACAUCAUGGGAACAGAUUCAGAUACAGAUUGACCAUUUCUGGAGGCGUUGGGUACUAGAGUACUUACCGACGCUGACGAGACGUGUGAAGUGGCUUCAGGAUACAAAGCCAGUGCAGCCGGGAGACUUAGUCAUCGUGAUAGAUGAAACUAGAAGGAAUGGUUGGCUACGCGGACGCGUCCUGGACGUUACGGUCGGUAGAGAUGGUAGGGUUCGGCAGGUAUUAGUACAAACAGCUGGAGGAUUAUUCAGACGGCCGGUAUCCAAACUGGCGGUGCUGAACGUAGAUGAUCAUGGCGGAGAGGAUCCUACUGAUCCUCACGGGGAGGGGGAUGUUGAGACGACCGCCAUAUCGGCAACCCGGCGCACGGAGCCUUCACUGUUAGACAGCUAG